GCGAAAUAGAAUGCGCGUAAAGAAGGUAGAGGACAAAAAGUAAGAAAUGUGAGAAAUGUUCUGUCGUGUGGUGAUGCUGCUGUUUCGCGUUGUGAGUCAAACUAUUUGCGACACUAAAAACGGACAAAACAAACAGUUGGAAUGAGUGAGAACGGGAAGGAGUCAAGGGGGAACCAAAUACAAUUGGUGGAAGAUGGGAGAUCAAACUCAGCGGUGACAGGUGGAGUGUUGUCGAGCACGUCCGACCGGGCGCAACAACAAACGAGUCUCGGUCAGCUGACGCAACAAUUCGUCGAAGAGAUUGAUUACGAUGAAAUUGAAACUGAAGAGGUGGUUGGGAAAGGGUCGUUCGGUGUUGUUUGGAAAGGAAGAUGGAGAGGCCGUUAUGUGGCCAUAAAGCACAUAGACACCGAAGGAGAAAGAAGAGCUUUUGCAGUGGAGGUACGACAAUUGUCACGAGUUGCGCAUCCAAAUAUCGUAAGAUUGUAUGGAGCAUGUACAAGAAAUCCCGUCUGCCUGGUAAUGGAGUAUGCCGAAGGGGGAUCUCUCUAUAACGUUCUGCAUUGUGAGCCACAACCGAGGUACACAGCUGCUCAUGCUAUUAGUUGGGCCCUUCAAUGCGCCAACGGAGUAGCCUACCUGCAUAACAUGAAACCAAAGCCACUCAUACACAGGGAUCUAAAACCCCCAAAUUUGUUACUCGUAUUCGGUGGUCGCACACUCAAGAUAUGCGAUUUUGGUACAGCCUGUGAUCUGAAUACCUACAUGACAAAUAACAAAGGAUCAGCGGCAUGGAUGGCUCCAGAGGUUUUCGAAGGUUCACGAUACACAGAAAAAUGUGAUGUAUUCAGCUGGGGCGUUAUACUGUGGGAAAUUCUGUCAAGACGAAAACCUUUCGACGACAUAGGCGGUUCUGCCUAUCGGAUUAUGUGGGCAGUUCAUAUCGGUCAGAGACCACCGUUACUGGAAGGUUGUCCGAGACCGAUCGAGCAACUUAUUGUACAAUGUUGGCGAAAGAUUCCUGAGGAACGUCCAUCGAUGAACGAAGUGGUGCGAAUUAUGACGCAUCUUUCUGAGUUUUUUCUCGGCCACCCGGAGCCUCUCGACUAUUCAUCCGCAUCUCCUGAAAGCAGCGAUAUUCCCGAGACAAACGAUGAGGAAAAUAACGAGGCUGCUUGUUGGAUGCCCAAAUACGAAAGGACUGUUCUAACGUUAUCGUCGCAAAUACCCGACAAUGGCAAUCCACCCUUGCAACCGCUGCACAUACAGUGUGAUCCGGAUGCAUGGGAAUUGAGCCAAACUGAUUCUUCUUGGAAAAUACGUAACUUGGAAUCAUUGGAUAAGGUGCUUUCGAAGAAUCAUAAUAUCAAUAAAACUCUUCAGCAUAGCGAAUUGGACAACAUGUACCGUUUAUUGGACGUUGAAUUGCGACCCCUAACGCCCGAUUAUAACUCACGACUUUCACAAGACAUUUUCCAACAACAUAAACAACUCGCUCAGGAGUAUCUUAAGGUUCAAACAGAGAUUGCUCUUCUUGGACAACACAAGAGUGAAACAUUGGAAAGUUUGAGCACCGACGCUCUCAAUCAACUCGAACUUCAGAAACUUCAGGAUGAAAAGGAAUCUCUUGUAAAAUUGUACCGCAAUCUUAAACGCCAAUUGGAAAUAAUGAGAGCAAAAUCUGUGGCUUUGUGCUAUCAAACGGCAAACGAUCAUCAAACUGUUCCUGGCGAUGAUGGUUGGGUUCUCGUUCCACGCCCAGAACUACCAAGACUGUCAUGAUGUAUAUUAAAUAAAUCGAAUAAUACUUUUAUUCGACAUUCUGAA